AUUCCUCGAGAACAGAAGGUAGGAUUGCCUAGUUAAAAAUAACAACAUUUAUUCUUGAGUAUUAUUUAAAGACAAUCCAUGGUAAUUACGUAGAGCUGUAUCUGUUUGAAAUAAUUUAGUUGUAGUAGAAUUGGUACCCGACGUAUGAUAGCCUCCGAAAAGAUCACGAACUCUUUCCUUAAUACGCACAGAACUGCGCAAAGCUCGACUCGUCAAUUACACCCCUGCGCCAGAGUGGUUGUAACCAACUCUUUCCGUCAGACGUAACGCUCUAGCAAAACAAAUACUGCGGACGGCAUGAAAGAGAACAGGAGGUAAUAGUUCUUGUGCUUAUCGAGAGAGGGGGUUUAUAUCAAUUUCUUUCUACGGGUGGUAAGGAAGGACUUUACUGGUGGAGUCUUUAGCAAAGAAAUAAAACCUUUAAAGACUUUAUGGUCAGCGAUGAUUAUUGCAAAAGAUCUCUUCACUUUGGGUGACGAAUACUUCACAAUGCCCCGACGGGAGAAGUAUGAAAUCGCUCCAGCCACAGCUCCUGAAAACAGCAGACUUGAGGGGUCCGCCGCUCAUCUGAACAACGUCGCCACCGCUCAUCGUUACCGACCGGCUGAGCUCGUCUUCCGAGGUAUAGGCGUCUUCUUCGGUGGGAAGCAGAUUCUACGGGACGUCAGCGGAAUGGUGCGACCGGGCGAGGUGCUUGGUGUCAUGGGUCCAAGUGGGUCCGGUAAGACGACCUUACUUAAUGCUCUAAGCGGCAGGUUGAAGACUGAUUCGGGCCUGAUUACCUUGAACGGAGAAACACUUAGUAAACAACUGAGAAGGAAGAUAUGCUAUGUCACGCAGCAAGACAUCUUUUUCCCGGACCUCACCCUACGUCAGACUCUGACGUAUUCUGCUUUAUUGAGACUUCCCGACUACAUAUCUUACCGUGAAAAGAUGGAGUACGUGGACCACAUCUUAGAUGUAUUAGAUCUUGGCCGCUGUCAAGACACUGUAAUAGGGGAUAUGAUGAAACGCGGACUUUCUGGAGGAGAGAAAAAAAGAGCCAACAUUGCCAGUGAGCUUCUGACAAACCCCACCACCAUGUUACUAGAUGAGCCGACAUCAGGCUUGGAUUCCAGCACCGCUUUCUCCCUAAUGUCUACAUUAAAGGAGUACGCUGAAAAAGAAAACAAAACAGUGAUAAUCACAGUACACCAACCUUCCAGUCAGAUAUUUUACAUGUUUGAUCGCCUACUUCUGCUUUGCAGUGGACAAAUGGCAUAUUUUGGUGACACAAGCCAAGUUGUUGACUUUUUCAGCAGUGUAGGACUACAGAUAACACCUCAUUAUAACCCUGCUGACUUCAUUAUGGAACAACUUAAGAAAGAUUCCAAAACACAAGAGAAAAUUAUCACCGCAGCGCUUGAAGCUAGGAACCUAGAAUUUCAACAAAUGCUAUGUCUGCCCAGUGAAGAUGAUGAAACUGUUUGCUCUCACAGCUCUGCCCUAGAUUUUCAAAGUUGCGAUAAACAACCCUGGGAACACCUUCGUAACUGUGAGCUUGUGAAACAUGAUCUGGAGAGCACUGAGCCAUCUUCUCACUCUACCUCAACGCCGUACAUAUGGAACAUACCACCUUCAUCUAAACAUGACCAAACCAGGCCAGUAGAAGUCAUCAUUGAUCAAGACAAAAAAUUACGAACUAUAUAUCAGAAAAUAGCAGUUCAUCAAGAUGAUAAUGAUUCAGGAAGAUCUUCAUGGUCUGGAGUUGUUAGCUCAACAUUUAGUAGUCAGGAUGAUCUAGAAGAAGAAGAAAAGUGGCCAACGUCCUUCUGGACACAACUUAAAGUUCUUACUCAGCGUAACUUUCUAGAAGCCAAGAGCCGCAUGCUGUCCAAGUUGAACUGGAUUCAGACUCUAGGGUUAGGUCUUCUCUGUGGACUUAUUUGGUUCCAAGUUCAACGGACAGAGCCAACGCUCUGGGACAUCCGGGGUUGGAUGUUCUUCAGUAUGACUUAUUGGAUGUUGUUUGCAUUAUUUGGAGCUUUGAUCUCUUUUCCUCCAGAACGGGAAGUGAUAAACAAGGAAAGAGCUUCAGGAGCUUACAGACUGUCUGCCUACUAUCUGGCCAAGAUGAUUGGAGAAUUACCUCUAACAUUAACUUUACCUACUGUCUUUCAUUUUAUAUCUUACCCUAUGUUAGGCAUCUAUAGUUCACAGACCUUCCUUUGUCUUUGGGGUUUCCUCAUCCUCAACACCAUUGUAGCUCAGAGUGUUGGACUGUUUAUUGGGGCAUCCUGUACUGACCUGCAAGUUUCAGUAACAAUUUCUGCUCUCUACUCUUUGUCCACCAUGUUGUUUGGAGGUUAUUACUCUUCUUCCAUUCCUCCAUGGCUUCAAUGGCUACAAUACCUUUCUAUUGUUCAUUAUGCUUAUCAAAACAUGCAGAUAGUGGAGUUCAGUGGAGGACCACCAAUUCGGUGUGCGUCAACUAAUUCGCAGUUUGAGGUGUGUCGUUCUGGCAGUUCAGUAUUUAUUCCGAUAGAAGAUAUCAUUAAUCAACAAGGUCAGGCGUUCCCUCUGUGGGCCAAUACUUUUAUUUUGGUGAUUUUUCUCGCAGUUUUUCGAAUAAUGGGCUACCUAGUACUGAGGUUUAUUCGUAAACCAAAGUGAUUAUCUUACUAAUUCAUGAAGUUUAUCAAAAUAUAAAGAAACAAUCAGAAACUUCUAAUAGUGCAUACUGUAUGAACUAUGCUCAAAUAAUGAGGGAUAUCAUGCCAGAAUUGUCUGGCAAAAAAUAUAACGUAGAUAUCUGAAGUAAGAUACAUGAGAUAUAUAUAUAUAUAGUUAUUGUAUAUCAUAGUGCCAAAAUAAGGGCACAAAAUUGUCCUUCACACCUAGAGGGUACUGAAAUAGUAUCCUCAAGGUCUGUGGUACCUAACCAGUAUGAAAGGAUUGUUCUCUGCCAGAAUAAGCAGACUGUGAUCUAGUUAUAACAUGUGAACUAUAAGUCUAGGAAACUAGCCAGUAUAGAAGGAUUGUUCACUGCCAGAAUUAAUGGACUGUGAUCUAGUUAUAAUAUGUGAACUACAAGUCUGGGAAACUAGCCAGUAUAGGAUUGUUCACUGCCAGGAAUGAGCAGACUGUGAUCUAGUUAUAUUUACCUACAUGGGUGAAUGAACCUACUCCCGGUAACGUUGCAAUUUGGGUCAACGAAUACACAUUGUCUUUAUAUUUAUCAAGAAAUUUAAAAUCUGAUUGGUACUUUCUUCUUUACCACAUAUUAUUCAAUCAUCUCUAAAGCUUCAGAUCCAUUGGUUAAAUAAGAUAACUUAUUCAAUGUGAAGAAUGUGAUACACAAUAAUUGAAGGACCAAAACUAUCAACAGUUUAUUGACCAAUAUAUGUAGUUCUGUAAAACAGAAAUAUAAAACUGAAGCUAUUAUAAGGAAGGUACCUAAGAAUUAUUGUGUGUUUGACUUUAAUAUACCUAGUCAAAGUUGAAUCUUGAUGGAGAAAGAUUCAAUAAUUUAAUACUGGCUUCCAUUAGCACUGUUGAUUUUUUUUCAAAUGCAAAUAUCUAGAAGGUUUGAGAUUUAUUCUCGGAAAAUACAGAAAUGGUAUAUGUUCACAAUUAUGACUAGAAACUCAAAAUGAAUUGCAGGGAACCUUGUAUUUGAAACCCCUCCAGCUUUUGACAUUUUAUCACAAAGCAAGUAAUGCAAUUUACGAUUUUUUUAAGUUAGAAGAUAAACUUUGUACACUGAGAUGCACUUAUCAUUCCUUCAACUUUAAUUACAAGUAACUAGCAAGCCUUUGAUUUACUAUCAAGAAAGAAGUGUCAUGUUAAAUAGCAAGUGAAGGGACAAAAAAGUUUCAAAUUAUCAGUUCUUUUUUUUUAAUUCUUGGAUUACUAAGUGUAUUAGCAAUCUUUAGUAUUCAGAAUCGGAAAGAAAGAAAACACCAGCGUCUAUUUAUCAAUGGACACUAAGCUCGUAGCCACGUCUGGAAGUAGGGGGUUCUUUUUAGUCCCAAGUGGAAAUUGUUUCCUGUGUAAUUUUAGUAGUGCCCAGGGAAGAAGAAGAUUUCAGAAAUAUAUAAUGGUUCCUUUAUUAUCACUGCAAACAAACGUUUCUAGUACUUUUCCUCUGAUAAGUAUGAAAGUGCUAUUUCUGCACGUAUGCACAGUGCUACAAAAGCAAUUAUAUAAUGAGAGGCCAUCAUCAAAGAAAAGAAAUAUUAAUAGCCAAGAGUGUGGGAUUCAUUUUCAGCCCCACUGGCUUGAUGGACACAACAAGAAGGCUGAUUGUUACAUUAGUAUACCAUUCAAAAACUUCACAUUAACCUGAAAUACAAAGAUAUUAGGUAUAGCAUUCCGAGGUGAAUGCAGUUUGGAAGAGAAUAGUAUUUUGAAGUCUUCUUAUCCAUAUAACUCGAAGCUAGUACACAGGAUGGAGAGAAAUCACGAGUAACUGAUAUUAAAGUGUUUGUGUGAUAAAUUCUUGAUAAGGUAGAAAGUGCUAUUAAGGAAGACCUAUUCGAUGGUAGGUUCUGUUUGAGGAAAAGAAAACUGUUUUGAUCUGGAAUUUUAUUUACAAUUUUUAUUAAAAUCUUUUUGUUUAUGAUAAGAUGUUUCAUUUUUAUAUCACCUUAAGAAGCAAUAAACUAUUUUUGUGACACUUUUUAAUCUAAACUCUGAAGUAGAACAUGAUUCACUCAUCGUUAUAAUCACUAUUUUAGUUUACUGUUGUAAGCUUACAGAAUACAUGAUUUUAGUAAGCAUGGCCAGUUUUGUAAUAUAUAUAAGAUUUUUAAAUGAAUAUCUAAUUCAUUAAUUGGCCAAAGUAAAUUUGUGAAAGUAAAUCUAAAGUGUAAGGUGCAAGUUGCACAAGUCCAAAUAUAUAUACCCACCAAAUAGGUAGUUAAUGUAAUAUUGUUUCUGUUAUGUCUUUGUCAGAAUAAAAAAAAAGAUUUUAUCGA